AUGGCUUCGCAGACACACCUUGUCACCGGCGGUAGUGGCUUCAUCGCCAUCCAUCUGGUGAAUCAGCUCUUACAAGCUGGAUACGCAGUGCACACCACCGUGCGCAGCUUGGGGAAUGCAGUCAAGGUCCAGCCACUGCGAGGUUUACAAGUCAAGUACCCCGGAAAACUCGAGCUCUUCGAGGCAGAUCUUCUGAAGCCCGGCUCCUUUGAGCCUGCUUUGCAAGGCUGCUCGGUGGUCCAUCAUGUGGCUUCCCCGUUUCUGAUGGCCGAGAAGAUCAAGGAUGGACAGAAAGAAAUGGUCGAGCCGGCUUUGGAAGGAGCGCGCAAUGUUCUGAACAGCGUGAACAAAACCGAAGGUGUUAAACGGGUUGUUCUGACAUCGACAGUUGGCGCUAUUUUUGGAGAUUACAUUGAUGUCAGAGGAAUGAAGGAUAACGUCUUGCACGAAGACUACUUCAACGAGUCGAGUACUGUUACCCACAACCCCUACCACUAUUCCAAAGUCCUCGCUGAAAAGGAAGCGUGGAAGAUUCAGAAGGCUCAAUCACGAUGGGAUAUGGUUGUCAUCUGCCCGGGACUAGUCCUAGGUCCAUCUCUGACCUUCGGGUCUGAUUCGGGAAGUCUUUUCUUACUGGACGAGCUGUUCAGCGGGCAGCUUUGGUUUGGUGUGCCCGAUCUCAGCUUCUGCACCGUAGAUGUCCGGGAAGUCGCCACAGCACAUAUCAAGGCGGCACAGAACCCGUCGGCAAGCGGCAGAUACAUCCUUGCCGAGAAGGAGAUGGCGAGGUUUACUGAUAUUUCCCAACACGUGAGAGCACACGUCCAACGCCGAUACACUCUCCCAAAGCACCAAUUGCCCAGUCCUUUGGUGCAAGUUGUGGGGCCGCUGUUCGGCCUGACGCAUAAAUGGAUUCGUGCCAAUCUUGGAAUACGAUUUUCGGUUGAUAAUGAACGGAGUAUCAAGGAGCUAGGUAUAGUUUACCGCCCGCUGGCUGAGACACUGGAUGCACACUAUCAAUCAUGGAUUGAGCAGAAGGAAAACCAGGCAGCUAAGAUAAAGAAAGAUGGGAAGUAG